AUGAUUCACGGAUAUUGUUGUUUUGGCGUGUUGGAUGAUGCACGCCAAGUUUUUGUUCAAAUGCAUGAGAAAAAUCAGUUUUCAUGGGCUAUCAUGAUAGGUGGGUAUGUGCGCCAUGAAUAUGCAUUUGAAGCUCUUGAAAUGUUUGUUGAUAUGAAUCGAAGUGGACUUAAGCCUCAUCCAUUUGCUUUAGUUGGAGCCCUUCGUGCUUCAGUCGUGGCUGGGAGCUUAAACCAUGGGUUGCAGAUUCAUGCUGUAGUGUUAAAGAUUGGUGUUUUUAUGGAAGAAACAGUGAGGAAUACCUUGUUGGACGUAUACUCAAAGCUUGGAGACAUGGAAGAAGCUUGGCAUUGCUUCGAAGAGAUGGGGAAGUUGGGUGAUGCUGUCUCUUUUAAUUCUUUGAUUGCAGGUUAUGCAAGGCUUGGAAAGGGGGAAUUAUCUCUGGUUUUAUAUGUUCAGUUUCUUAGAACUGGUCUGAGAAUCUCUGAAUUUACAUUUGUCGGAGUUCUUAGUGCUUGUGCUGGAAUUUCAGGCCUUGUUGAAGGCAAACAAAUUCAUGCUCUGGUCUUCAGGACUGGUUUCGAGGGCCAUGUCUUUGUGGCCAAUGCAGUUAUGGACAUGUAUGCAAAAUCAGGGGAGCUCGAAAGUUCUUGGAGAGUGUUUGUGGGCACGUAUCAUAGGGAUAACAUUUCAUGGAAUGGCUUGAUCAGUGGGUAUAGUAGAGAGGGCUUAUCAGAGGAAGCUAUGAAUUUGUUCAUAGAGAUGUUGAAACAUGGAGUUGCUCCCGACGACUUCACCUUUCCGAGCAUUUUGAGCUCGUGUGCUAGUAUUGGUAGCUUGGCACUCGGUAUGCAGGUUCACUGCAAAACCAUCCAUUGUGGGCUCGAAUCCGAUGUAUUUGUAUCUAAUGCUAUCAUUGAUAUGUAUGCAAAAUGUGGGUCAUUAGAGUCAGCAAUGUUUGUUUUCAAUGAGAGGUCUAACCUCAACACCAUCUCAUGGACGGCCUUGAUUGCUGGUUAUGCACAAAAUGGGUUCAAUGAAGAAGCCAUUAAACUCUUCACCCAUAUGCUCAAAUCAGAUUUUAAACCAGACAACGUCACCUUCGCUAGUGUGCUCAGUUCUUGUGCGGGCCUAACUGCUCUUAAUUAUGGCAAACAGGUGCAAGUCCAUGCAAUAAAACUUGGUUUUGAUUCAAAUAUAUGCACCGCAAGUUCUCUAGCUGGUAUGCAUGCUACAUGA